AUGUUCAACCUCUCCGAGAACUCUAGCCUUCGCGGCUCCGGCCACAUGAUCCUCAACGUCUUCCGGGCCUUUAACAUCAUCGGUCUCCUAGCCGUGAGCGCCUCGGCCUGGGUUAUGAUCGUCAUGUCCAUCCUCAAGGGCCACUUCGCUUUCUUCGUCUCCGCCUCGCACUUCUUCACCUUCUCUGUCGCCAUCUUCCUCAUUAUUUCGGAGCUGAACGUCUUCCGCCACUAUUUCGAGCGCAACUGGCCGACCCUCUCCUGCGAACAUGGCCUCAGCUGGCUCGGCAUCGCCAUGAUCGUCAUGGGCUGUCAAGUGCUCGCCAACAGCACCAACCCUGCCUUUUCCGUCGAAACCAUUGGCUUGCCCCUGUGGCGCCUCAUCCUUGCCUCGGGUAUUCUCGCCAUCACGUUCGGCUUCUUCAACGUUAUCUCGUCCAUCGUUUUCUGCGACAGACAUAACGGCAUCAAUGCUCGUAACAUCCGCAGUGAUGGCACGCUCGCCUCGGGCAAGAACUCGCUCGUCGACGGUUACUCGGUUCGGAGCAACUCUAUCCACAAUGAAAAGCAACCGAACAAGUUCAAGCGCUUUACACAGAAGUUCCCUACUCCGUGGACCAAGAGCAACACCACUACCGCUGCGCGCCCCAACAUCAGCGGCCCGUUCGUGCCCGACAUCGAGCAGGGCCACACUUCCGACAGGAGCUGGGAUGAGGACCGCCGCAGCCCUAUCAUGCCCGAGAUCAACCGUCCGCCCACCGCGUUGCAUCCCAUGAACACUGGCAACACCCGCUUCACCAAGUACAGCGAGGUCAGUGAUAUGACGCGCUUCUGA